CUGAUCCUUGAAACAGAGAAAAAUACUAAAAAAAUAAGCACUGAUAACAUGCCACAAAUAUGUUAACAAAUGAUCGGUGUACACUAUAAAAAAUGAUGUAAAAGAAUAGGGAAAACUAAAGAAAAAAGUGAAGUUUUAAAAGCGAAAACAGCGACGAUGAAGAGAAAAAGAUAAAUGAAUAGCAUGGCAGAAGAGCGUAAGGUACUAUUGCUAAGUUUCAUUAAAGAAGAAUAUUAAUGUACUUUGGCAACUGACCCAAACCCAAAAAACUUAGUUUUCUAUAUUUCAAAACAACCAGCUCACUCUCACAACACAUUUCUUUUACUGAUAAAAGAUGGCAUUUUUCCUUUAGUAAUAUUCUGGAUUGCUUUCUUUAUUUCCAGGGUCUAAUGAAGUAGAAGAUUUGAAAUUAGAAGAACCCGAUAUGAAUACAUGUUCAAAUAUACUUACAAAAAUGGAUUAUCUGACAAAAUUAUUUCAAGAACAACUACAAAGGAUUUCUAAACAAUGGAAAACUAUUAAACUCUCCCGGAUGAAGUGGUUCUUUGGUGUUAUCGACCGAGUUGAAGAAGAAAUGCAGUUAUUAACACCUUUUCUCGAUGAUGAAGCACGUCGAUGUUUAGCAUCUGUCAUGGCGUAUUGGAGAGAUCAAAAGUUCAUUCAAAAUGUAUGCAGAGGAUGUCAAAAGAUUGUACAAUUGUGCAAUCUAGACACUAAUCCAGUAGCAAUUGACGAAAUAUUAGCGAUCAAUGAUGAAACAUUAUGUGAAACCUGUCAUGCCGCCUAUCAAGAAUUUUCAGAUGUCUGUUAUUCUAAACAACCUAAACCUGUUCUAAAUAUCAGUUCGCAUUUCUACUCUUCCAUUCAUUUAAUCGAGUUCCUGGCAACAUUGAACAGAACAGAUUUUGACGAUUUAUUAGAAGCCAUUACUGAAUGGGAAGAAUCGUCUGUAAGUCCUCAAACAAUAAUUGAAUUUCAAUCAAUAGGAAGUUUCCUUGGUCAACUGCUGACGUAUUGCUCAACUGAACAAACGUCAUCAUCAUUAUUAUCAACCUCAACGAAAAAGUCACUCAAUGAGUUUUUUCAACAGGUGAAUAAGUUAAUGGAAAAUCCAGAUUUCGCCAAUAUCGUUAAGUAUUUUGAAUCUUGUUCUGUUUCAUUAAUUGGUAUUAAACGUUUGUAUUUGGACCUAACUGAUAAGGAAGAAUCCAAACGUAUCAAAAUAUUUCAUAUCAUUAAUAAUUCAACAAUUAACUUUUCUCAUUCAGUUAAAUUUGAUGUUUGUGUACAAACUGAAAAUGGUGAAAAGUUCUGGUACGUGGAACUCACUGAGUUACGUGAUCGUGCACGAUUAAUUGAAUAUUCUGGGAACGAAAAAAGAGCAAUUAGAAUACAACAACGAGAAUACGAUGAAGAAACGGAGAAAAAAAUGUUAAAAUCUCUGGUAGCGUUGACGGAUGUGAUCGAAAAUGCAUUACAAAAUUUACGAGAGUUGGAUAUAAUGGGAUAUCCCUUAUUCGAUGGAUUUUCUAAAUGUGGCUACUUUCGUGUUGAUGCGUUAGAUAAUCCAGAACUGCGCAUGGACAUCAUACUAGCAUUUAUCGCCUCAUCUAAUCAGUUCACCUCCCUAUCUGUGAAAUCAGUGCGCGAAAGACAAUCGAAUUCGGGCGAUAAUAUUCAUGAUCCUGGAAAAGUAUUAAGUGAGUCCAUAAUUCGCUGGGAUAAAACACAACCAUUCACAGUUGUAUUCACAUCCACCAAUGAUCCUCUAUUCGUUUAUAAAAGUCCAAGAGAUGUGCCCAAAUCACUUAUUCAAUAUUUCAAUGUACUGUCGAAGAGAUCGGCAUGGCUCUCAAAUGCAACGAACGAUGUUUUUAAAGAUUUUACCGAAUUAACGCAUACUGAAUUGUUCUAUAAGCUUGCAUCGUUGUCAACAAAGUACUGGAAUAAAGCAAUCUGCACAAAGUGUUUUCGACAAUUUCCGCACGAACAGCAUUUAUGUUCAGAAUGUAAAGACCGUCUAACUAAACCAAAAACCUUUGACAGUAACGAUAUUCGAAAAUUUCAGACAGAGAUCGCUAAUAUCCUUGAGCGAGAAUAUGUUAUCACACCUGAUAAUUAUAUCAAAAUGUUGCUGAUCUGGCUGCGUGUGAGCUCCCGUUUGCCGAUAUUAAUAAUGGGAGAAACAGUUAAAACGAACAAACGUUUAUGGAUAUUUUUUGAUGAGUUCAAUACAACAAAAAAUGUUGGUUUAAUCAAAGAAAUAGUAUGUGAACGAACAUUGUUAGGUGAACGAUUACCAGAAAAUAUGGUCUUUCUUGGAGCCUGUAAUCCAAGACGCCAAAAAACGAGUAAAAUACGGUUUGAUGACAACAUUGGCAUAAAAAAAGAUCAGUAUGAAAUGUUAAAGUCAAAUAUUGGUGGAAGUUUAUUAUAUACCGUUGAACCGAUUCCAGAAACAAUGAUAGAAUACAUUUGGGAUUAUGGAUUUCUCGAUGAGGUAACAGAACGAAAAUACAUCGAAACGAUUCUUCAGACAUGUGAUAAACUCACACAUAGUCCGUACUAUCGUAUGAUUGUUGAUGCUAUAUGCAUCUCUCAAAAAUAUCUAAGAUGCUCAGAAGAUAUUAGUAGUGUAAGUCUUCGAGAUGUAGCACGAUAUCGUUUGCUAUAUAACUGGUUCUAUGAAUCAGUUUCAUCCAGACAACCCAAACUACCAGUAAAGGAUAUCACAUUCAAAUCUGCCAUCUUAGCAUUGUUAUUAUGCUACUACUUUCGUCUAAGUUCGAAAGCAGAAAAACUCGAAUACAUUGAUUUGAUUAAAAAACCAAUGCAAUUUAAUGACAUACAAAAAUAUGCUAUUGAAGAUAUGUUACAAGCGGAACAAAAUGACUUAAUCCGUCGAAUGGAACUACCUCCUGGUACUGCAUUAAAUCGUGCAUUAUGUGAUAAUAUAUUGGUUAUAUUUGUAUGUGUAUUAAACUAUUUGCCAGUUAUACUUUGUGGAAAACCGGGAUGCAGCAAGACAUCCUCAGUUCAAAUUGUAAUCACGAGUUUGAAAGGAAAAAAGUCGAAUGAUCCCUAUUUUCAAGAGCUUCCUGAAUUGAUCGCUGUAGCUUAUCAAGGUUCCAAAAACUGCAGAUCAGAAAGUAUCGAGAAAGUUUUUGAGCGUGCAAAAAAGUAUAACGAUACUAAAUCUCAUGCAAAACUAUUGCCGGUAAUUAUCUUUGACGAAAUUGGCUUAGCUGAAUUGUCUGUUCAUAAUCCACUUAAAGUGCUACACAGCGAAUUAGAAAUCGGGAACUGUAAAUACGGUUUCGUUGCCAUAUCAAACUGGCGUCUGGAUGCAUCGAAGAUGAAUCGUACUCUCUAUUUGGCAUGUCCAGACCCUACGAUAGAUGAUUUACAAUUAACUGCAAAAACGAUCCAAACAAGUUUGGUCAAACGUCAGCAGAUACAAUUGAACGAUGACGUUAUGAAUAGCUUGGCUAAUGCUUAUCUUGCAUUAUCGUACGAAUUGAAGUUGCAGAAAAACGAGAAUUAUUUCGGUUUAAGAGAUUUUUAUUCACUUAUUAAAGGCAUCAUCAAAGAAUUUGAUCAUACUGCACGACAAGAAUCCAAUAUCAGAUAUGAUAAUAUGCUAGACUUACAGAUGAAAAUUAUUCGAAAACAAUUAAAAAUAAAUUUUGACGGUGUGAUAGACGGAUCAGUAUUCUUGUGGGAAAGAUUUUGUCAGUAUACAAAACAAGAAGAAUCGAUUGAACACUACCCAUCUCCUGAUUUUAGUGACCUGUUAACUCAGAGUUUGAAUGAUCGAAGUGGCCGAUAUCUCAUGUUGAUAUCAGAAACAAACAGCCUCACCGAUUAUGUUGAACGUUAUUUAUCUAAAAAACUCAACAAUGUUCGUACACUUAUUGGAAGUCAAAUAUCAGGUGAUAUUGACAGCGAAUCAUACGGUUAUCGUAUUCUAAUGGACGUUAUACUGUACGCGGAAAAACCUUUAACCUUGAUAAUGAGAAAUAUGGACAAAUCAUACUCAUCACUGUAUGAUUUAUUUAAUCAGAGUUUCUCUGUAUCUGGUCAAAAGAAAUACUGCCGCAUUCCCUUGGGCGCCCUUUAUGCUCCAAAAUGCUUGGUCAAUGACAAAUUUUACUGUAUCGUGUUAGUGAAUAACAAAGAUAUUGAGACAGCUGAUCCGCCAUUUUUGAACAGAUUCGAGAAACAUACUGUGCAGUUUAAAGAUAUAGUGCAUUCGACACAUUGGGCAACAACACAAAAGUUACUGCUUUGA